GCCCGGUGCUGCGCAAUCUUCGACCUUCGGCGUCCGAGCAGCCUCAUGCAUGCUUCCACGGACCUCCAUGAGGUCUACCCCAAGAACUCGCUCCUCUGGCGUGCCGUGACCGUCGUCUUGCUCGGCUGCGCACUGCCGUUCGUCGUGGUGCUUGGCCUCCUCGUGGGCCUCUACGCCUGCGUGGCCAAGCUGCGCGCGUGCUGCCGUCCGCGCAAGCCUCAUGUGACCGACCGGUUCACUGCGUACCCGCCGCCCGCGCCGGCCGCCAAGGUCGCGUACACGAUCGAGUCGACGUACGUGACGAUGGCUGAUGGCACGCGCAUUGCACUCGAUGUCUACCUCCCAAUGGGCCCCAUGCAAGCGCGGCCCGUCGUCUUCAACCAGUCGCGCUACCAGCGGUCGGUCUCGCUGCGCUGGCCGUUCCGCCUCCUCGUCAACGGCGGCAAGCCCGUGGGCUUCAUCAACAGUGGCUUCUUUGCGCGCAUGCUCGCCGACGGCUACGCCGUCGUGUCGAUGGACAUUCGCGGCUGCGGCGCGUCGUUUGGUGUCAACACACGCCCUUGGAACCUCCAAGAGCGCCUCGACUCGGUUCAAAUCAUGGACUGGAUCGUGCAGCAACCCUUCAGCAACGGCCAGAUCGCGCUCUGGGGCAUCAGCUACGAAGGGACGGCCGCGUACCUCACUGCUUCCAUGAAGCACCCGGCCGUCAAGGCGUGUGUGCCCAUGUACAUGUUCUACGACGUCUACCACGACAUUGCCUGCCCUGGUGGCAUCACGCAACACUACUUCCCAACGCUGUGGCAGGCCUUCAACUCAGUCGUCGAUAGCAACGACUAUGGCAAGCUCGACUUGAUGCUGCGCAUGGGGUCCUGGUUCAUCCAAGGCGUCACACCGGCGUCCACGUCGUUCUCAGAUCUGGUAGCCUCGUUGUGCCAGAUGGGCACGGUUCACCAAAAGGCAACUGUAGAUCACACCGACCUUGCUGCGCAAUUCGCCGUCGGUCACGACGCCCGACACCACCGCGGGGGACCUCUCGCUCCACCAGGUCUACCACGCCUUUCAAGAGGCCAACGUACGUCGUCAUCACAUAUUGUGCCGACGCUCUUUUACAGCGGUUGGUUCGACGCGACAGCGCGGAGUGCGCUCCAAGGCUUUUGCAACCUCCCGACGUCGAGCAAGGUGGUCAUUGGGCCCUGGAAUCAUGGCGGUCUCCAGUUCUGGAAUGUGGACACCAACACGUCCCAGAUGCCCGAGUUUGACCACUUUACACCGGUACUGGAGUUCCUCCAGCACCAAUUUCAGAUCGCACGGAACCCGUCGAUGCCCGAGCUCGAGCUCGAGCCGCUCGUUCCGUCGGCCACUCACCACUGGCAGCGGGGCGUCGACUACUUUUUACUGGGCGAUAACCGCUGGCAGCACAGUGCAACGUGGCCUGCGCACACACGCCGCUGUGUCUACUACCUCUCGAUGGAUACGCCGCACGCGCUCACCCCAACCCUCUCGCACGUGACGGGCGGCACGGCAACCAUGUCGGUGCUUGGCCAAAAGUCAAUCGGGGGCAACUCGCGCUGGCAUGCGACGAUUCGGAUCCGCGACCCGAUUGCGUAUACACACUGGGAGGCGACCAAUCACAUUGUGUUUACGUCCGCGCCGCUCGAGAGCCCGCUCAAGAUUGUCGGUAGCGCUGUCGUGACGCUCUGCAUUGCGUCGUCGGACGUCGACGCCGACCUUUUCGUGUACCUUGUGGCCGUGCACCCGCGAACCAAGGCUGUGUCGUACAUCACCGAAGGCCACAUGCGCGCGAGCCACCGCAAGGAGACGACGGCACCAACGCUGCCGUCCGCGCCGGACGCCGAUGUGCCCAACCACAGCUUCCACGUCGAGGAUCAGAUGCCGCUGGUGCGCAACGAAGUCGCCAGCGUCCGCUUUGGUCUGCUCCCGAUCGCAUACCGUGUGGCAACCGGCUCCUCGAUCCAGGUGCGCAUCGGCGGGCGCGACGAGCGCCACUUCUACGACGCAACGCCGCCCACGGGCCGCGACGUGACGCUCCACGCGUCACCAACGCACGUCGCCAGUCUCGACUUGCCGAUCGUAGCGACCGAAUAGUCACCGAGAGCUAAUGACAAGUCCAUGUUGACGCAAGUGCGUCGGUGAGCUGCAGGCGGUGGUCGUGUCAUAUAGCAGGGCAUUGAUUCUUGGAUAGAUAUACACUUAAUCGUAUGUAAGCGUCCUUAGAUGAUAUAUUGGA